GGAAGGGGGACACAAAUGUCUUCAGGCUUAGGUCCCUGGGUCCUCCCAGUCCUGCCCCUGUUCCUUUACUCACGUCCCAGCUCCUCCCAGUUUCUUUUCAGACCUCCUCCUCUCUCCUUCCUUCUCCUCUGCUCCAGGCUGGGUUGGGCUCUGAGCAAGGGGAGGGAUUAGAGCCUCCUCCCUCUCUGCCCCUCCCCAUGUGUCUCUAGGGGGCUGGUGCGGGCAGCAGCAGAGGCAGUCUGGGCAGCUGGGUGAGGGCCCAUCUGGGCAAGGCCCCCAGCGGCCGCCUUCUCUCCCAGGGCCCUGUGGGCAGGCCUCCUGCUUCACUUGCAGGUUUCUUGAAGACCCUUCUUGCUCCUGUCUGUUUCUCCAUCCUGCCAGAUAUCUGCUUCUCUUGCUGGGCUGGUGGCAGGAGGGGGCUGUGUUGGUGGGCCCCACAGAGAUGCUCAGUGCUCGAGAUCGCCGGGACCGGCCCCCUGAGGAGGGGGUAUCUGCAGAGCUCCAGGGCUUCGCGGUGGACAAGAACUUCCUCACCUCUCUCAAAGGCAUCCUGCUGGAAACCGAGCUGGCCUUGACCUUCAUCAUCUUCAUCUGCUUCACGGCCUCCAUCUCUGCCUACAUGGCCGCAGCGCUGCUGGAGUUCUUCAUCACACUUGCCUUCCUCUUCCUCUACGCCACCCAGUACUACCAGCGCUUCGACCGGCUUAACUGGCCCUGUCUGGACUUCCUGCGUUGUGUCAGUGCCAUCAUCAUCUUCCUGGUGGUCUCCUUUGCAGCUGUGACCUCCCGGGAUGGAGCUGCCAUUGCUGCUUUUGUUUUUGGCAUCAUCCUGGUUUCCGUCUUUGCCUAUGAUGCCUUCAAGAUCUACCGGACUGACAUAGCGCCCGGGGCCAGCCAGGGGGACCGGCAGUGACUCUGGGGAUACCUGGCUCCUAGGCCCAGCCAGCCAGAGGGGACAAUGGAGCCUAGACACGUCUCCUUGGGAUUCACUGGCCCCCAAGCCCAACAAACCCCACCCCAGCCUUACAGAGAUGUCUGGCCUGAGACGCCACUGGGGACUUAUCCAUGGAGCCUGGUGCUCUGGGAUCUGGCUCCUGAUGAAGCUCUGGCCAGAGGAGGGGAACUUCUGGAGAGAGGGAGGAGGGAGGGGAGGAAGCUGGGUCCCUAAGUCGUUCCCAAAUUAAAAUAUUCAAAUCCU